AUGCCGCUCUUCAAAACAAGUGCAGAAUGGUACGAGCAAUCGUCCCUCCUCCUUAAAGCGCGCCCAACAACCGCACGCAUAACAUCAAAAUACACCGUCCUCAAACCAACCGCCUCCAAGAUUUCUAAACGCCAAAAGUACCUCUCUAAACACCCGAAACCCAAAAUAUCGUCCACGGGCUCACCCCCGCCGUCAACUUCCGCCGCUGUACAAGACCCCACAGAACCUGUCGUAACCUUCAAGCUCAAAACGUAUGAUCCGGUGUCGGGAGCAUGUUUGCAGUAUCAGACAGCUAAGGCGGCAGAGGUGGGGAGGUUAGUGGGAAGUUUGGGACGGUUGGGAAGAUGUAUGGCGGCUUUGCCGGAGGUGGUGGAGGAGACGAGUGUAGCUGCGGCUGUGGACGCGGGGGCGGGAGUAGGGGUCGCGGCACCGAUGGUGGAGAAGGAUGUGAAAUUAGUGGCGCCAGUAGUGGAACAGAAAGCCGGUGGUGGUGGGAAGAAGAAGAAGAAAGGGAAGAAAUGA